AUAUACACUCUAUUUCGAGAUUAUGAUAUUUUACCAAAUGGACUUGGUGACGAGCUACCCGCAGUUACCGUUGAUCACACUUCUAAUCAACUUCAAAAUCCAAAUGCAACUGCAGCAACAGGUUUACUCAUUUAAUUUUAUUUAAACAAUUGAUUAUGUUUACUUGUUCUAUGUACAGAAAUUCUUGUUAUUAUAUGAUUAUUGUUUUACUUUUGUUUUGAAAUAGGUUCCAAUACAAUUAAAAGAAAAACUAGAGGACCAACACGAUGCUUGAAAAUCACACAAUUGGAGAAUGGGCAAAAAUUGCCAGUAGAAUUUGAUGAAGAUGAUCAAGCUAUUGGUGAUAAUGCUACUGCAUUUGUUUGGUUUUUAGGACAAACUAUUAGAAGUGUGUCGUGUUGUCCAUUGCAAGUGAAACAAUGGAAUAAGAUUACCGAUGAUAAGCUCGACCACAUGUGGUCUACCAUAUUGGUAUUAUAGGCAUAAGUUGAAGAAGAAGUACUUUGAUUCAAAGGCAACUUAUUCACUUCGUCUAUAUGGAUGUAAAAGAUUGGAAGUAUUUGGUUAAUCUUUGGACAGAAAAUGCAUUUCAGGAGAGAAGCAACAAAAAUAAGACAAAUAGAUGCAAGCGUUCUAUGCCGCCAUACACGGGGACAAAAAGCUUUGCUCGGCUGAGAGAUCAUAUGAAGAAAAAAAAUGGAAAAACACCUUCUCGCUUAGAGCUUUUUCUUGAAUCCAGAAAGAGAAAGCAAGGCAAAGAAAUUGAUCCAAUAUCACAAGAAGCCAUUGAAAAGUUUCAGCAACUAAAGAAACAACGAGAAGAAGGACAAAUUUCACUGGAUGAUGAUGCUAUAUUUGCUGAUGUACUUGGGCCAGAAAAAAAUGGUUAUGUACGUGCUUAUGGUCCUGGAAAAAAUGUCACGGAAUAUUUUGGUGCUAGACCUACAAAGAUAGAACUACUUAGACAACUUGAUACUUCAAGAAGAGAAGCAAACGAGCGUGUCCAACAAAUUCAAAAAGAAGCAAGUGAACAAGUAAAUGAUGUUAAGAAGCAAAUGGAUGAGAAACUUGCAGAGAUGAAUAGAAUAUGGGAGUAGAAAUUCAAGAUGGUUUUGGAGAAAAACAAUAAUAUUGCAUCACCUAUGGAGGAUUCCCAAGAUGAUGAAAUUGGAGGAUGAUUUGCAGUAUAUUUGAAGUUUUGAAUUUUGAAGCAGCCA